AUGGUUCAUUUCAUCCGACUCCCAGCUUCCAAACAAUUUGCUGAAGAAGUCUUGAAAGCACACAAUGACUACAGGAAGAAACACGGAGUCCCCCCAUUAAAACUCUGCAAGAAGUUAAACAGAGGAGCCCAACAGUAUGCAGAAGAACUGGCUUCCACGAGGGUCCUCAAACACAGCUCCGAGUCUGCUAAUGGAAAAUGUGGAGAAAACCUAGCAUGGGCAUCCUACGACCAACCAGGUAAGAUACAAGUCAACGCCUCGUACUUCACCUUUAUCCUUAGUUUGUCCCAGCCAAAGGAGGGCCGGCCACAAGCCAGCUGGG